AUGGAGACAAUGACUGAGUCCCUAGUCAAUGUGGAGAGUAAGGAGGCUCGGGUCUGCCAAGAGAUUUAUAAUAAGCUACAAAUGGAAGUGGUGAAGGUCAUUGUUGACACCAAGACCAAGUACUUUAAAGAAGGUUGGAAUGUUGAGCUUAAUGCGGACAGGGUCGCCCCCAAAUCCAACCUCUUCCUCCAAAAUGUAUUCAUUCCAUCGGCAAUUUCUGAUGAGGAAGAUGAAGAAGGUGGAGACCGGUUCAUGGACGUUAGAGAAAAUCCUCCUCCACUUGCCAUAAUCCAUAUCACAGACGAUAGAGACAUGGUGGAUUAUGACGAUCUAUUUGGUGAUAGGGAUGGAAAUGGUGGGUACACUGAGACGACUGAUCUGGGGCAAGGUCAGGAGGGAGGGACAAAGCUGAUAAUGACCAAGUGGUUCAGUGACCCUGGUGGGGAUUCUAAUUUCAUUUAUUCUCAUUGUAAGCUACAAGGAGGCAAAUCCCUUGGUCAUUUGAAUUCAUUUCCUUUUUUGCUCUCAUUUUCCUUCAUUGCAAACUAUGUACGAAGCUUGGCCUUGAUGGGGGCUUGUCACAUCCAAUGUUGGGCUCCUAAUGAUUGA